AUGACGCGUUCUAUAAGAAAUGUGUUGGCAAUUAAAUCCUAUCAAAACAAGGCCGGUGUGCUGGUCAGAAACUAUGUUCUUGCAGAUCCUUAUAUACCAUACACUUCUGUCCUCAGUGGAAUGUUCACAUGCAAAUUGCUCUAUGAUAUGACUCAGCUCGUCAGCACGUUUUAUUUCCAAAGUUACAACGGCCUCACCAAAAUUCAAAGAAUAGAGUGGAACAAUCGUGGCGUUUCCACUCUUCAUGCAGUUUUUAUUUCAGCAAUGUCCUUGUACUUUGUGUUCUGGUCUGAACUUUUCUCUGAUAACAAUUCUGCUGGCCUAAUUACGUUCAGAUAUUCAUCUCUCUCAACGUUUGCACUAGGGCUGUCGGUUGGCUACUUCAUUGCAGACCUUGGAAUGAUUUGUUGGUUAUAUCCUUCUUUGGGUGGAGUUGAGUAUAUUGUCCAUCACUCUCUUUCAGCAAUUGCAGUUGCAUACUCCCUGUUAACUGGGGAGGGUCAGCUUUACACUUUCAUGGUCUUGAUAUCUGAAGUGACCACCCCAGAGAUCAAUAUGAGAUGGUAUCUUGACAUAUCUGGAUUGAAGAGAUCCAAUGCAUAUCUGAUCAAUGGUGUCGUGAUAUUUUUUGGUUGGUUGGUGGCAAGAAUUCUUUUGUUUGUUUACAUGUUUUACCAUCUAUACCUUCACCAUUCUCAGGUCAUGCAGAUGCACACCGUUGGAUUUUUUUUGGUGUUUUUUGUGCCAUUGACCCUUGCUAUCAUGAACAUGUGGUGGUUCUGGAAGAUUCUUAAGGGUUUGAAGAAGACGCUGACAAAAAGGAAAUGA